AUGUCCGAGGCCUACGAGCGCGAAAGGCAAAACGACUCCCGCCUAAACGAGCUUUCCGCCAAAGUAUCUGCCCUGCGCGGCGUCACCAUCGACAUCUACGAUCAUGCACGUGCCCAGGAUGUCAUUGACAACACAAAUGAAACAUUUUCAAGCAUGACGUCGCAGAUAAAAACCGGAGCAGGAAGAAUGACGAGGAUGGCAGCGUCCGGCAACAAGGUCGCCAUCUUCAAGCUAUCAGCCAUCAUUGUCGCGAUAUUUCUAGUCUUUUAUUACGGCUUGAAACUGGUGUUGUGA